UCAGUUGAGUGUGCAGUAAGAUAAGGGCAGAGAUUUGACCCAGACCCAGGGAAGCAGGAGCUUGGGGGCCAGCACUAACACCAACUUGCUGUGAGCCUGGGGGAAGUUCCUUCCCCUCUCUAGGCCUCAGUUUCCUCAACUGCAAAUGAAGGGACUCUCCUGUAAUAAAAGAGCUCUUUCUGAUGUUGUGGGAUGGCUCUACCUCCAGAUUGCAGGCUUUUAGGCAUUUUUCUUUGGAGGAAGACUGAAGGCUGGUACCCCUUGUCCAGGCCUCAGACUUUGGAGCAGGGAGGGGAAAUCUCAGCCUGAGCCCUCCCUUCACCCUGCCCCUCCCCCCAGCAAUGGCCUGAGCCCCCAUGGCUGCCCCUCAGGACCUGGACAUCUCUGUGUGGCUGGCCACGGUGCACCUGGAGCAGUAUGCAGACACGUUCCGGCAGCAUGGCCUGGCUACAGCGGGUGCAGCCCGGGGCCUGGGCCACGAGGAGCUGAGGCAGUUGGGCAUCAGCGCCACAGGGCACCGGAAGCGCAUUCUGCGCCUCCUGCAGGCAGGCAUUGCAGAGGGCUCCCUGGAUCCCAAAUUGGAAAGUACCAUGGAGCCAUCCCCCAGCCCAGUCCCCCAAGCCCAGCCCCCCAAGCCUGUGCCCAAGCCCAGGACAGUGUUUGGUGGCCUCAGUGGCCCUGCCACCACCCAGAGGCCUGGGCUGAGCCCAGCCCUCUCGGGACCAGAAGUGUCCAGGAGCCCAGAGUCCAGACCGAGGUCCCCUCCUCCCCCGACGUCCUCCUCUGAGCAGCCUUCAGCCCUGAAUACUGUGGAGAUGGUGCCCAAUGCCAUCUACUUUGGCCUGGACUUAAGAGAUGGAACACAGGCAGCUCAGGACACGGCCCCAGACAGCUCCCAGACAGCUGCCCCCACCCCUGCCCUCAGGCCCACAACAGGCACAGUGCACAUCAUGGAUCCUGGUUGCCUGUACUAUGGGGUCCAGCCUGUGGGGGCUCCAGGGGCCCCUGACAGAAGAGAAGGCAGAGGUGUCUGUCAGGAUGGGGCUGAACACAGGCUCAGCAGGCAGGAUCUGGAGGCACGGGAGGAUGCUGGCUAUACCAGCCUUGAGCUACCUGGAGACUCCAUCCUCUCACUGCCCACCCUGGACAUCGAGACCAGUGAUGACCUCAUUUCACCCUAUGCCAGCUUCUCCUCCAUGGCAGACCGCCCCACACCCCUGCUCACUGGCUGGCUAGACAAGCUCUCCCCUCAGGGAAACUAUGUCUUCCAGAAGCGCUUUGUGCAGUUCAAUGGGAGGAGCCUGAUGUACUUCGGCAGUGACAAGGACCCCUUCCCCAAGGGCGUGAUCCCUCUGACUGCCAUUGAGAUGACCCGCAGCAGCAAGGACAACAAAUUCCAGGUCAUCACUGGCCAGAGGGUGUUCGUAUUCCGCACAGAGAGUGAGGCUCAGCGCGACAUGUGGUGUUCCAUGCUGCAAUCCUCUCUGAAGGAGCAGCGCCUCCUGGGUCACCCCCGGCCUCCCCAGCCGCCCCGACCUCUCCGCACAGGUAUGCUGGAGCUGCGCGGACACAAGGCCAAGGUGUUUGCUGCCUUGAGCCCUGGAGAGCUGGCACUGUACAAGAGUGAGCAGGCUUUCUCUUUGGGCAUCGGGAUCUGCUUCAUUGAACUGCAAGGUUGCAGUGUCCGGGAGACCAAGAGUCGAAGCUUUGACCUGCUCACACCCCAUCGCUGCUUCAGCUUCACAGCAGAGUCUGGGGGGGCUCGGCAGAGCUGGGCAGCGGCUCUGCAGGAAGCCGUAACUGAGACCCUGUCUGACUACGAGGUGGCUGAGAAGAUCUGGUCCAAUCGGGCAAACCGGCACUGUGCAGACUGUGGGGCCUCCCGCCCAGACUGGGCUGCUGUCAACCUGGGGGUGGUCAUCUGCAAACUGUGUGCAGGUCAGCACCGGGCCCUGGGAUCUGGGAUCUCCAAGGUGCAAAGCCUGAAGCUGGACACAAGUGUCUGGAGUAAUGAGAUAGUGCAGUUGUUCAUUGUCUUGGGAAAUGAUCGUGCCAACCGCUUCUGGGCAGGAGCUCUACCCCCAGGUGAGGGGCUGCAUCCAGAUUCGACUCCUGGCCCCCGGGGAGAGUUCAUCUCCCGAAAGUACCGGUUGGGUCUGUUCCGGAAGCCCCACCCUCAGUAUCCUGAUCAUAGCCAGCUUCUCCAGGCACUGUGUGCAGCUGUGGCAGGACCCAACCUGCUGAAGAACAUGACCCAGCUCCUCUGUGUUGAGGCCUCUGAGGGCGAGGAGCCCUGGUCCCCUUCGGCCCUUGAUGGCAGCUUCCCUGGCCUCCUUCCCCAAGACUCCUCCCCCGGUGUGUACAAUGAGGUGGUGGUGCCUGCCACUUACAGCAGCUUCCUGUACUGUGGUCCCAUCAGCAACAAAGCUGGACCCCCACCCCCUCGCAGGGGCCGAGAUGCUCCUCCCCGCCUGUGGUGUGUGCUGGGAGCAGCUCUGGAAAUGUUUGCAUCAGAAAGCAGCCCUGAACCCCUCAGCCUCAUCCAGCCCCAGGAUGUUGUAUGUCUGGGUGUGAGUCCCCCACCCACUGACCCAAGUGACCUUGACAGGUUCCCCUUUUCUUUUGAGCUCAUCCUCACUGGUGGGAGGAUCCAGCAUUUUGGCACAGAUGGAGCUGACAGUCUGGAGUCCUGGACCAGUGCCUUGGGCAGAUGGUUCUCCCCACUGAGCUGUCACCAGCUACUGGGCCCUGGGCUGCUGCGGCUGGGCCGCCUGUGGCUGCGGUCCCCCUCCCACACAGCACUGGCCCCUGGCCUCUGGCUGUCAGGGUUUGGCCUCCUUCGUGGUGACCACCUCUUCCUGUGUCCAGCACCGGGCCCUGACCCCCCAGCUCCCGAGGACAUGGUGCAUCUACGGCGGCUACAGGAGAUCAGUGUGGUCUCUGCAGCUGACACCCCAGACAAGAAGGAGCAUUUGGUCCUGGUGGAUACCGGAAGGACCCUGUAUCUUCAGGGGGAAGGCCGGCUGGACUUCUUAGCGUGGAAUGCAGCCAUUGGAGGAGCGGCUGGUGGGGGCGGCACAGGGCUGCAGGAGCAGCAGAUGAGCCGGGGUGACAUUCCCAUCAUAGUGGAUGCCUGCAUCAGUUUUGUCACCCAGCAUGAGCGACCACUGCACCCCAAAGAAAAGGUCCUAGAGCAAGCCCUACAAUGGUGCCAGCUCCCAGAACCCUGCUCAGCCUCCCUGCUCUUGAGAAAAGUCUCCCUGGCCCAGGCUGGCUGCCUCUUCACAGGUAUCCGGCGUGAGAGCCCACGGGUGGGGCUGUUGCGGUGUCGUGAGGAACCACCCCGCUUGCUGGGAAGCCGCUUCCAGGAGAGGUUCUUUCUGCUGCGUGGCCAGUGCCUGCUGCUGCUCAAGGAGAAGAAGAGCUCUAAACCAGAACGGGAGUGGCCUCUGGAAGGUGCCAAGGUCUACCUGGGAAUCCGCAAGAAGUUAAAGCCUCCAACACCGUGGGGCUUCACAUUGAUACUGGAGAAGAUGCACCUCUACUUGUCCUGCUCUGAUGAGGAUGAGAUGUGGGAUUGGACUACCAGCAUCCUUAAAGCCCAGCACGAUGACCAGCAGCCAGUGGUCUUACGGCGCCGUUCCUCCUCUGACCUUGCUCGUCAGAAGUUUGGCACUAUGCCUUUGCUGCCCAUCCGUGGGGAUGACAGUGGAGCCACCCUCCUCUCUGCCAAUCAGACCCUGCGGCGACUACACAACCGGAGGACAUUGUCCAUGUUCUUUCCGAUGAAGUCAUCCCAGGGGUCUGUGGAAGAGCAAGAGGAACUGGAGGAGCCUGUGUAUGAGGAACCAGUAUACGAGGAAGUAGGGGCCUUCCCCGAGCUGACCAAGGACACCUCCACCUUAUUCUCCACUACACGGGAGUGGACAGCCAAGACAGAGUCCCCCCUCACCAGCCAGAGAUCCUUUGAUCAACCCCUUCUCUCCAAGGCAAGCACCCAGGGCCAGGAGGAGAGGCCACCUGAGCCCCCUCCAGGCCCCCCUUCAAAAAGCAGUCCCCAGGCAUGGGGGUCCCUGGAAGAGCAGCUGCUCCAGGAGCUCAACAGCCUCAUCCUAAGAAAGGGAGAGACCACCACAGGCCCUGGAAGCCCUUCCCAGCCAUCCAGCCCCCAAUCCCCUAGCCUCACCAGCCUUCCAAUACAGACACCGGACUUCCCCAGCCAACCCCCCUGCACUUCUAGUCCACCCUCCAGCCAGCCCCUCACAUGACCCUAGGACCAGCAGUCUGAGAGAAUAGGUACCUAGAAGACCCAAGCUCUCACCGUGGCAUACAUUGCCAGGAGCUUCCUCUGCCCUUGCUGGAAAGACUCCAGAAUCCAUGUGGUGCUGUGGAAGGCUUCAGAGACCAUGUGUCCCAUGGCAGGUCAUGGCCCCUCUCUGGCCUCAGCCCAUUUAUCUGUAUUAUGAGGUAACCGAAAUAAGGAGAGUAGUGAACAUCAAACUGUGUUUCUCAGAGAUGUAAGCCCCACAUAUUUUCCCUCAACAAGGGCAGCUCCUGCUUUAUAUAUUUGAUAUGCAGGGGUUCUGUGAGAGAUAUGGGGUUUUUAAAGAAUGGUUUUACUGCAUUAAAGAAAAAAAAGUUUGGAAGCCAGA